UGCAGCUCAGACUCUCACCAUUGAAGAGCAAAAAAACAAUAACAAAACUAAAGAAAUCAUCAUUUCAUUUCUUCUAUCCCUCCCAUGGAUUUUCCAACAUUUCUUCUGGUUGUCUUAUCCAUCAUUUGGAUAUCUACCAUGAUUCUUACUUUCAAUUCCAGGGCCCGAAAGUCAUCCAAACUCCCUCCAGGCCCGAAUAGAUUCCCCAUAAUAGGCAACAUCCUCGAAAUCGGGCCGAAACCCCACAAAUCACUCGCCAAAUUAGCAGCCAAAUACGGGCCGGUUAUGUCACUAAAACUCGGUACACUAACAACAGUAAUCAUCUCCUCCCCCAAAGCUGCAAAAGCAGUGCUUCAAACACACGAUUUAAUCUUUUCCAGCAGAACAGUUCCCUGCGCCGCCGAAAUCCUCAGCCACCACGAAUCCUCCAUUGCGUGGCUUCCCGCCGAGAAUCGAUGGCGGAAGCUCCGAAAAUUAUGCCAAGAGCAGAUGUUUUCCGUCGCCAGGCUGGACGCCAGCCAGAAUUUGAGGAGAGAGAAGCUGCGGAAGCUCCGCGGCUACGUCGGAGCCUGCUCCGAAACGGGCCGGGCCGUGGAUAUCGGCGACGCCGCAUUCACGACGGCACUGAAUUUGAUGUCGGCGACUCUUUUCUCGUUAGAAUUCGCGCCGGAGUUCGAUUCUGAUUCGUCGCAGGAGAUGAAGGACGUUGUUUGGGGGGUGAUGAAAUGCGCCGGUAGACCGAAUUUUGCGGAUUAUUUCCCCAUUCUUAAACCGGUCGAUCCUCAGGGAAUCCUCAAAGAAGCAAAGAUUUAUUUCCAGAAGCUGUUUGUUAUUUUUGAUGGGAUAGUUGACGAUAAGUUAAAAUCUGGGGGUGAAAGUGGGAAAGAAGAUUUGUUGGAGGCCUUGAUUGAAAUUAACCGAAGGGAUGAGAAUGAAUUAACCAAAAAUGAGAUCAAACAUCUCCUGCUGGAUUUAUUCCUAGCUGGAACGGACACCACAAGUGGAACAGUGGAAUGGGCGAUGGCGGAAUUACUAAAACACCCUCAUAAAAUGUGUCGUGUCAGACAAGAAAUCAGAGACACCGUUGGAGAAAACAUAGAAGUUGAAGAAUCUGACAUCGCCCGGCUCCCCUACCUACAGGCGGUGGUUAAAGAGACGUUCCGCCUCCACCCCACCGGCCCUUUGCUGGUGCCCCACAAGGCCAACGCCGACGUUGAAAUCAACGGCUACAUCGUCCCAAAAAACGCGCAGGUCCUCGUGAAUGUGUGGGCGAGUGGCAGAGAUCCCGACACGUGGCAGGACGCGGAAUCGUUCUCGCCGGAGAGGUUUAUGGAUGCCCGGCAGAUAGAUUUCAGGGGGAAAGAUUUCGAGCUGAUUCCGUUCGGAUCGGGGAGAAGGAUUUGCCCGGGUUUGCCGUUGGCUUAUCGAAUGGUGCACCUCAUGUUGGCGAAUUUGGUCGGAAGUUUUGAAUGGAGGUUAGAUGGAGAUUGUAAGGAAGUUGACAUGGAUGAUAAAUUUGGACUCACUCUUCAAAAGGCCAUACCUCUAAAAGCUGUUCCUAUGAAACUAUAGAGUCUAAUAAGCAUGGAAAUAAGGUUGUUUGAUGUUUGAGUACUUGGUACACUCGAGCAUUUUAUGUUUAUAUAUAUAUAUAUAUAUAUAUAUAUAUAUAUAUAUAUAUAUAUAUAUAUAUAUAUAUAUAUAGUUACGCUAAUAUUCCAAUUGUGAAAUUCUUUAUUGUAAACCAAAGGGCUCUUUUGCUUUUGUGGUAAGGAUUAGUAUGUUAGUAUAGAUCAGAUAGAUUUGUGGUGGAGAUGAUUAUGUAAUUUUGCUAUCCUCUUGUUUGCUUUUUUUGAGUAUAUUUGUGUUGAUAAAUUAUUCACACGUUUGUUUUGUGUGAGAUGA